GCUCAUGUUGGUUGUGCAUUUUCUUAAACAUGAAGUCAGCGAAGAUUUUUGGGGGGUGUAUGUACGUGACCUGAGGCUUGAUGAUUAUAGACGAAUACUUGUGUUUCUAGUAAUUCGUUCAAAGCUUGCCCGAAAAUCAGCUGUUCUGUAUACGCAUGCGCAGUAGCACUGUGCGUUGGACCGCAAAUGGUCGUGUUUAGAAAGGAACCCUUGAAGUGUAAAUUCUCGCGAGACUUGCAUUUACUACAUGUAGGCUAUGGAUAGCCAGGGUUUGGUUUAAAGGUUAGAGGUAGAGCUUCUGUAGGACUCCAAAUAAAAACAAUAAACGCAGUGCAUAAAAACUGCAAAGAAGUCGCUCGCGAGACUUCCCAGUUCGAGGGCUCCCUUCAAGGCACGACCAUGGUUGCGUGCUAAACGGCGUAAAUAAUGCCUUCACAAGGCACUUCGACGCGAGAAUAACCACGACCUUUAUUUUUUCAGUGGAGGAUAAAGUCUUCGAAGGGAAUAGGGCGCAGGGAUGAUCAUUUCUAAAUGAAAGGCGCCCUGUCUGCAAUGUCAACGCGCAUGCGUAGUAUCGCCGUCGUUGGACCUCGUUUUCAAAACGCACCGGAAUGUUGUCCUUCGAAGGAGUUUAAAUAAAGAGCCGGAUAAUUUGAAUUUAAAGGUACAGGGAUGGAGCUCCCAAACUACAGCCGACAGCUCAUGCAACAGCUGCAUGCUUUACGUAAAGAAAAUCAGUUUUGCGACUGCUCCAUCCUGGUGGGAGAAACCCCUCACCCCGCUCACAAACUUGUUCUGGCUGCCUCCAGCAUGUUAUUCAAGUCUGCUCUAGAGAGCUCUGACAGCAUCUCCAUUGACACAGAUUUACUGUCCUCUCAAGAGUUCUCAUGUCUUCUGAACAUGGUGUAUACUGGUAAACUGCCUCCCGGAAAACACAACUUCACCCGACUCAUAGCUGCUGCCGACAGCUUGCAGAUGUUUGAUGUGGCUAUUGGUUGCAAGAAUAUUCUCAACGAACUUAUGAAACAAACAACUGAGACUGUAGAUGCUGAGACAGAGUCAAUGGAUUGGCAAGUUAUAAAACAUGACAGUUUUAUUGGGAGUCCAGUGAACUUAAAGGAGUCAUCUUUAUUGGUACAGCUGAAAAGGGACGAGAAGAAUUUUCAGGAGGAUGGUGCAAUUGAUUUGAUAUCUCAUAAUCAAGCUGGAAUAAAAAAGAUCCUACAGAGUGUACAGCCAUGUGUUAAGGUUCUUGAGACUUGGGACAAAAUCCCUGCGGAGGAACGCCAGGUCAUGUUGGAGAGUUUUAAAGGUGAUCCAUCAGAAGAUGAGGUGUACCAGCGGUUGCUGAGUUUUGUCAAAGAUGAGAGAGUUCUGUCAGCUGAAACAGUCCUUACAUUGAUAGACCAGCUAAAACAGCAGCAAAAUCCUGAUCCUGGAUCAGUUAGGAAGCACCAGGGAGAAGAGAGCUGCCCCAAGGAAAAAGUUUGUUAUGCCAAAGGUCCUGCUGGUGGUGGACAUUUAAACCAUGUAUCAAAGCUAACUCGCCACCUCUCCAGUGUCGACAACCUCUCAGAGCUUUUGACCAAAGCAGUAAAUGACUGUAAAAAUGAAGUUGAAAAAGAGGUUGUGCUGGAUUGCUGUAGUGCUCCAUCUUCUAUGGAGGUGGUGGAGAGGUUGAUAUGUAAACUCAGAGAGACAAGCAUUAGUGAACAAACACUUCUAAUGCUGCUUCAUGUGGUCAAUGGAAGCUCCUCAGAUCUGACUCAACCAUUGGAGACCCUGAAAGACACAAGAGAAUCUAUAUUUAAAAGAGCAUCUCAGUCAGCCUCAAACCAUCCUGCAAAAUCUGAGGUUGAGCAAAAAGGAUCUACGGCAGACUCGGAAGAUGAGGAGGAGGAAAACUCCAAAACUAGAGGAAGAAAAAAGGCUGUCCCUGUGUCCUGUGAGUGGUGUAAAAAGUCUUUCAACUUUAAGUGUCGUCUGAUAAAGCAUAAGAAAGUUUGUGCCCUUUUGCCGGGGAGAGAGCAGCGCUGCUCAGAAUGCUCCAUGGCUUUUCCGACUCUAAAGAGUCUUCACCAGCACUGCACAGAAGCCCAUGGCAGCCCACCGGCCAAACGGAGGAAAACAGAACUAGUGCCAUGUGACAUGUGUGACAAGACCUUUAAACACUCUUCAGGCCUGUUGUACCAUAAACGCACUGAACAUUUCGAGGAGAGGCCAUAUGCAUGUGAGGAGUGUGGGGCGAAGUUUGCCGCCACCUCAUCCCUGAAGAACCACAUGCGUCUGCACACAGGAGAGAAACCCUUCCAGUGCAAACACUGUGACAUGAGCUUCUCCGUGGCCGCCGCUCUGUCCUACCACACCAAAAGGAAACAUGCUGAGGGUAAAAUGUACUGUUGUCAGUACUGUUCCGCCUCAUUCGCACAGUCCAUUGAACUAACACGUCACGUCCGCACACACACGGGAGACAAACCAUACGUCUGCAGAGAGUGUGGGAAAGGUUUCAAACAAGCCAACGGAUUGUGCGUCCAUCUUCAGAACUUUCAUAAUAUUACAGAACCUCACGAUUGUCAGAAGUGCCGGGUGAGCUUCUCUUCGCUGGACGAACUACGACAGCACAUUCAGGAAGUCCAUCCGAAAGAGCUGCACCAGUGUUGUAAGUGUAGCAAGAUCUUCAACAGUGAAGCCAAUCUGGAGAAACACAUAAGCAUUCAUGACGGCAACAAACCCUACAGCUGCAAGACCUGCAAUAAGUCCUACCAGACACUCUCUGGCCUGUGGUACCACAAUCGUACUGCCCAUCCCGAGAGCGUCUUUGCCCAGGUCAACAAACCCAUCAAAUCCCUGCUCCAGUGCGACAAGUGCAACAAGACUUUUAGCAACCGAAAUAGUCUGUUGAAACACCAAAUAACCAAUCACACAGAGGUGCAUUUGUGGAAGUGUGUGAAUUGUGGCAGCACUCUGACGAGCGAGCAGGAAUUACAACAGCACACCUGCAGUGGACAGUUGAGUCAGGGCAGCUCUGUGUUCAGCUGUAUGGUCUGCUCUCUCCACUUCCCCUCAGAGCCAGAGUUCCAACAACACUUCUUGUCCAAACACCUGCAGGUCAUGCAGGAGGAAGUGCAGUCAGAGGCCUCCAGCUCGCAAACGGUGAUUCAGUGUGAGGAUGCGGUCGGUCAAGAGGCAGAGCAAGUGAUUAGCCUCGGCCAAUCCCAGAUUGAGGGGUCACCACAGGUGUUUGUUGCUCUCGGUGAUCAACAGGAAACCCCUGCUGGCUCAGGGAUCGUGGCUGUCACCAUGGAAGAUUUACUGAAUGGCACGGUCACUCUUAUUUGUGAGGAGGGUCAAUGAAAUUAACUGUUUUCUAACUGGACUACAAUUCAAAUAGACAGAAAACUACUGUCAGAACUACUGUCAGAUGAGCACUCCUACACUACAAAAAAAAAAAAAAAAAAAAAUCAGUAUUUUUCUGACUUUUCCAGUAAAAAUAAAAAACAUCCUUAAAACAAGAUACAUUUAUUUGAGAAUGAAAUUAACUUUAGAUAUUAAGUAUUGUUUUCAGAGAAAUCAAAAAUAUUUUGUGAGGUUUAUGCUUAAAACAAAAACUAUUUGUUAAUGGGGUCAGAAUAGUAAACUUAAUUCAGUGGGGAGUUUAUUUUUCUUAUACUAUCUUCUUGUUGUAAGCAUUAAUCCCAUUCAUUUUUUGAUUUCUCUGAAAACAAGUCUUAAAGGGAUAGUUCACACAAAAAUGAAAAUUCUCUCAACAUUUACUCACCCUCAUGCCAUCCCAGAUGUGUAUGACUUACUUUCUUCUGCAGAACAAGAACAAAGAUUUUUAGAGGAACAUCCCCGCUCUGUAGGUCCAUACAAUGUAAACGAAUUGUGGCCAUAACUUUGAAGCUCCAAAAAGCACAUUAAGGCAGUAUAAAAGUAAUCCAUAAGACUCCAGUGGUCUUCAGAAGCGAUAUGAUAGGUGUGGGUGAGAAAUAGGUCACUAUUUAAUUUCUUUUUUACUAUAAAUUCUCCUCUCUGACCAGUAGGUGGCAAUAUGCAAGAAAAAUGCGAUCAUAUCGCUUCAGAAGAUAUGGAUUAAACCACUGAAGUCAUAUGGAUUAAUUUAUGCUGCCUUUAUAUGUUUUUUGGAGCUUCAAAAUUACUGUGAAUUUUCAUUUUUGUUCAGCUGAAGAAAGAAAGUUACACAUUUGGGAUGGCAUGAGGGUGAGUAAAUGAUGAGAGAAUUUUCAUUUUUGGCUGAACUAUUCUUUUAAUAUCAUGUCAUUUUUCUUCUCAAGUAAAUAAUUUAAGGAUGUUUAGAUGGUUUUACUGGAAAACAAGACAUAACUACUGAUUGAGAACAGUUUAAAGUGUAGGGCCCUGUUUUUACACCAGAAUACAUGUAACUAAUGGGUUUAAACCAGGUGAUUUCAACAUCAGGCUGCAACACAUAGAAUUACUGGAUUGUUGGUAUUUACUGUUUUACAAUGGCAUUAAUUAGAAGAAAAACAUUGUAUGUCAGUUUUAAUGAAAACAGGCUUCAAUGUCAGAGUCAUUUGAUUGUUUUGCUCUCACUAAUAAGAGCUAAGAGUACAUAAGCAGGCAAAAUCCAUCAUGUAAAAAAAAAAACAUUCAUGAUUUCAGUGUCUCUGCCAUUAGUGUGAUCUGAAUAUUUUUGACCACUGACUAAGUAUGUUCUAUACAGGUCUGUCUGUAUUUAUUGUAAGUGUUCUGAAGAGGACAAACAAAUUUUUGAUGAGCAAACAGCCAUUUAAAUUUAUCAAAGCACAUAUCUACCUCUGCUCUUGACUGUUAUGUACAUACAUUAUGUACAUACGAUUUUGGUGUUUCUGGUAUGCAAUGAUAAGACUUUGGUAUGUUUCACAAUGCUAUACUAUUGCGGCUCUAAAAAUAAUAAUCUUACAUAAAAUAUUUUAUGACCAAG